CAAAAGUACGACCAACUGUAGCGUAAUGAGAUUUCGUCUCCAAAAGGUCAGAAAAGCCUCCUCUCGGAGAGAAUUGCCCAUCUCUGCUUCAGGUUUAAGGUUAGGGUUUGGUAUAACAGUGAGAUGAUGGAACUGUUAUAAGGAUUUGAAAUUGUCUAUUGGGGAAUUAUAAUUUGGCAAAUUUGUAUUCAUUUUGAAGAUUGUAGUAAGUAGCAAUGGCAUGGUUUAGAGCUGGUUCUAGCAUCGCGAAGCUUGCAAUUAGGAGAACUCUAUCACAGGGUAGGUCAUACACAGCAAGAACAGGGGUCACUCCUUUGCAAAAUCGUUAUUUUCAUACAACAGUUUUCAAAUCAAAGGCACAGGCUGCCCCCGUCCCUCGCCCUGUGCCGCUUUCUAGGUUAACUGAUAGCUUCUUAGAUGGAACAAGUAGUGUGUACAUUGAGGAGCUUCAGAGGGCUUGGGAGGCAGACCCCGAGAGUGUAGAUGAGUCAUGGGAUAAUUUCUUCAGAAACUUUGUUGGCCAGGCAUCCUCUUCGCCUGGAAUUUCUGGCCAAACGAUUCAAGAGAGCAUGCGGUUAUUGUUGCUUGUGAGAGCUUACCAGGUUAAUGGUCACAUGAAAGCCAAGUUAGACCCAUUGGGUUUGGAAGAGCGGGAAAUUCCUGAUGAUUUAGACCCUGCUCUUCAUGGUUUUACUGAUGCUGAUCUUGAUCGGGAAUUUUUCCUUGGUGUGUGGAGGAUGUCUGGAUUUUUAUCUGAGAAUCGUCCUGUACAAACCCUUAGAGCAAUAUUGACCCGGCUUGAGCAGGCUUAUUGUGGGAGCAUUGGUUAUGAGUACAUGCACAUUGCUGAUCGUGAAAAAUGUAACUGGCUGAGAGAUAAAAUUGAGACCCCAAUACCACUGCAAUAUAAUCGCCAGCGACGCGAGGUUAUCCUUGACAGGCUCAUUUGGAGCACACAGUUUGAGAACUUCUUGGCUACUAAGUGGACAGCGGCAAAGAGGUUUGGUCUUGAAGGUGGUGAGACACUGAUUCCUGGCAUGAAGGAGAUGUUUGACAGGGCAGCAGAUCUUGGGGUUGAGAGCAUAGUAAUUGGAAUGUCUCACAGAGGAAGAUUGAACGUUCUAGGUAAUGUGGUUCGAAAGCCGCUACGCCAGAUUUUUAGUGAGUUUAGUGGUGGUACAAAGCCUGUGGAUGAAGUUGGGCUUUACACUGGAACUGGUGAUGUCAAGUACCACUUGGGAACUUCUUAUGAUCGUCCAACUAGGGGAGGGAAGAGAAUUCAUUUGUCUUUGGUUGCAAAUCCCAGUCACUUGGAAGCUGUGGAUCCAGUAGUGGUUGGGAAAACUAGAGCAAAACAAUAUUACUCCAACGAUGAGAAUAGGACAAAGAAUAUGGGUAUUUUGAUUCACGGCGAUGGUAGCUUUGCGGGACAAGGUGUAGUCUACGAGACCCUUCAUCUUAGUGCUCUUCCGAAUUACACUACUGGUGGGACCAUACACAUUGUGGUGAACAACCAAGUGGCUUUUACUACUGACCCAAGGGCAGGAAGAUCCUCGCAGUACUGUACAGAUGUUGCCAAAGCCUUGGAUGCACCAAUUUUUCAUGUUAAUGGUGAUGAUAUGGAAGCAGUUGUUCAUGUCUGUGAACUGGCAGCAGAGUGGCGCCAGACUUUCCAUUCAGAUGUUGUGGUUGAUAUAGUGUGUUAUCGUCGAUUUGGGCACAAUGAAAUUGAUGAGCCAUCUUUUACUCAGCCCAAAAUGUAUAAGAUCAUUCGGAAUCAUCCCUCAGCACUUGAGAUAUACCAAAAGAAACUUUUAGAACUUGGUCAGGUGACAAAAGAAGACACUGAUAAGAUACACAACAAAGUCAGUUCAAUCCUUAACGAAGAAUUCCUGGCCAGCAAAGAUUAUCUCCCAAAAAGAAGGGACUGGCUUUCAGCUUAUUGGUCAGGAUUCAAGUCCCCUGAACAGAUUUCACGUGUCCGAAACACUGGCGUUAAACCAGAGAUUUUGAAGAAUGUUGGAAAAGCAAUCACAACUCUUCCGGAUAAUUUUAAGCCUCACAGAGCAGUAAAGAAAAUUUUUGGAGACCGUGCACAGAUGAUCGAAACAGGAGAGGGCAUUGAUUGGGCGGUUGGGGAAGCUCUUGCUUUUGCAACAUUACUCAUAGAAGGAAAUCAUGUAAGGUUGAGCGGUCAGGAUGUCGAGAGAGGAACUUUUAGUCAUCGGCACUCUGUCCUUCAUGAUCAGGAAACUGGAGAGCAGUACUGUCCUUUGGACCAUGUCAUGAUGAACCAAAAUGAGGAGAUGUUUACUGUAAGCAACAGCUCUCUUUCUGAGUUUGGUGUUCUGGGCUUCGAAUUGGGUUAUUCAAUGGAAAAUCCAAAUGCUUUGGUAAUGUGGGAGGCACAAUUUGGUGAUUUUUCUAAUGGAGCUCAAGUGAUGUUCGAUCAGUUUUUGAGCAGUGGGGAGGCAAAGUGGUUGCGUCAAACGGGGCUUGUUGUGAUGCUACCUCAUGGUUAUGAUGGUCAGGGCCCUGAACAUUCAAGUGCUCGCUUGGAGCGUUUCCUUCAGAUGAGUGAUGAUAAUCCCUUCGUCAUACCAGUGAUGGAUUCAACACUUCGGAAGCAGAUCCAGGAAUGCAAUUGGCAGGUUGUGAAUGUAACAACUCCUGCAAAUUAUUUCCAUGUUCUACGCCGUCAAAUACACAGGGAAUUCCGUAAGCCUCUCAUUGUGAUGUCUCCAAAGAAUUUACUUCGUCACAAGGAAUGCAAAUCAAAUCUAUCCGAGUUUGACGAUGUCCAAGGGCACCCAGGGUUCGACAAACAAGGGACCAGAUUUAAGCGCCUUAUAAAGGACCGGAAUGACCACUCAGAUCUUGAGGAGGGUAUCAGACGCCUGGUUCUUUGCUCCGGAAAGGUUUAUUAUGAGCUUGAUGAAGAGAGGAAGAAAGUUGAUGGCAAGGACAUUGCAAUAUGUCGGGUGGAACAACUUUGUCCCUUCCCAUAUGAUCUCAUCCAGCGUGAACUGAAGCGAUAUCCUAAUGCUGAGGUUGUUUGGUGCCAGGAAGAGCCGAUGAACAUGGGUGCAUACAGUUACAUUGCACCCCGUCUUGCUACUACCAUGAAAGAUCUGGGCAGGGGUACUAUGGAUGAUAUCAAAUAUGCUGGCCGUGCUCCAUCUGCCGCCACAGCUACUGGAUUCUAUUCGGUCCACGUGAAAGAACAGACUGAACUUGUUCAGAAAGCCAUUCAGCCUGAGCCAAUCUAGUGCCCUUAUUGAAGUCUUCCAGUACUGAUCAAAACCAAUUACAGAGAAUAAAAAGAUGAAUGGAAGAUUCAUGUGUGGCGCUGUCUGACAUUUUUUUAGUAAAAAUUCUUCUCUUGAUUCUUCUGCAAAGAAACAGAAGUAGUCAUUCUUCAUCUGUGUUAGUUCUUGUUGUCACAUAGGCUGCACAAUGCUAUAUAAAGAGUGUGUUUAAGAAUAAAAUGCUGUUAAGUGAGUUUGUUAUGAGACAUUUGACAUACAUUUUUGCAACAUCAUUUCCUGGCUAUACCGUAAGGGGUUUUGCUUAUGCUUUUAUAAAAGUAUGUAUACAAGGCUUGAAUCUACGCCGUGUGAACUAUAAUUGUCUAUUCAAUUUUUUCUACUCCAA